UUGUCACGCAGAAUCGGAAACAAAAAUGGCUGAAGAGGUGGGUGAUCAGAGUUCUCCUGGAAUUCUUCAAGAAAUCUUUACCUCGCCUUUGAACCUGAGUUUGCUAUGCCUGUGUUUAUUUCUCUUGUACAAAAUAUUUCGCGGAGAUAAGCCCGCGGAUUUUUCCGAAACUGAGGAACCGUUACCUAAAUUAAAGAAGAGAGAUUUCACAUUGGCAGAUCUAAAGCCGUACGAUGGGAAGACAAAUCCGAGAAUCCUUAUGGCUGUCAAUGGGAAAGUAUUUGAUGUAACAAGAGGAAAUAAGUUCUAUGGUCCAGAGGGCCCUUAUGGGGUUUUUGCUGGCAGGGAUGCUUCUAGGGGACUGGCUACAUUCUGUCUGGAUAAGGAGGCCUUGAGUGAGACACAUGAUGAUCUUUCAGACCUCAAUGCCAUGCAGCAGGACAGCCUGAGCGAGUGGGAGACACAGUUCACACACAAAUAUGAUUAUGUUGGCAAACUGCUAAAGCCUGGAGAAGAGCCGACAGAGUACACAGACGAUGAAGAAGUGAAAGACAAAAAGAAAGAGUAGGCCAUGAGAAGCACACAUAUACCCAACUUUCUCUCGUCCGAACUUACUAGCAUUUUUGGUUGGUCGUGAAAAUAGAAAGUUCCAGUAUACCUUACUUUUUCCUUAUUUAACCUGUUUUGAGAUUAUCAACACAACUUUCAGUCUGCAUAUCUCUUAAGAAAAGUGUAGUGUAUGUGACCAUGACAGCAAAUGUGAUAUGUGCCUUGGCUGAUAUGCAACAUGCCGUUUUUCUGUUUUGAUAGGUUGUUUGGUAUUUUAUCUAACAAUUAUGUUUAAGAUACAAAGAUUGUGGUACACUACAUGCUACUUUGCAGUGUAUUUGUAAUGUUAUAUACUAUACGGAUCUACGUGAGUAGACAAAAUGUAACAUUCCAGGAUUAGGACUUUUGGUACUGAUAAGAGUGUCUGUCUGAAACAAUUGGUUUGUACCUGAAAAAAUACUGAUUAUUAAAGGAAAUGUUUGUCCCUGUUUUUCAAUGCAAAAACAAAAAUUUAAAUGUGCAGAAUCACAAUAUACCAUUAUGUCAAUGUUAGUCAUUUUUCAUGACCAUACAAAUAAAGUCCUCAACUUAAAAUACUUGUUACAGGCACCAGCCUGUCUUUUUUAUCACUGCACAGAUAAAUAGUAAUCUGACCAGGUAUAAAGAUAUAAAGUUGUUUUUAUAUAUCUUUAUGGGCAUUAAAUGCUGUGUCAUUCA